CGCCGCCGGCCGCGCGCCCGAGCCGGAGUCGGGCCGGGAGGGCAGAGCAAAGAUCGCCUGGCCCCCACCAUGAGCGCCGAGCUCAACGUGCCUGUGGACCCCUCUGCUCCCACCUGCUCGGAACCCGGCCACAAGGGCAUGGAUUACCGGGACUGGGUUCGCCGCAGCUACCUGGAACUGGUCACCUCCAACCACCACUCCGUGCAGGCGCUCUCCUGGAGGAAACUCUACCUGAGCAGGGCCAAGCUAAAGGCCUCCAGCCGGACGUCUGCCCUCCUCUCGGGCUUUGCCAUGGUGGCCAUGGUGGAGGUGCAGCUGGAGACGCAAUACCAGUACCCGCGGCCGCUGCUCAUUGCCUUCAGCGCCUGCACCACGGUGCUGGUGGCCGUGCACCUGUUCGCCCUGCUCAUUAGCACGUGCAUCCUGCCCAACGUGGAGGCCGUGAGCAACAUCCACAACCUCAACUCCAUCAGCGAGUCCCCGCACGAGCGCAUGCACCCCUACAUCGAGCUGGCCUGGGGCUUCUCCACCGUGCUGGGCAUCCUGCUCUUCCUGGCCGAGGUGGUGCUGCUCUGCUGGAUCAAGUUCCUGCCCGUGGACGCACGCCACCAGCCGGGCCCCCCGCCCGGCCCCGGCGGCCACACGGGCUGGCAGGCCGCCCUGGUGUCCACCAUCAUCAUGGUGCCCGUGGGCCUCAUCUUCGUGGUCUUCACCAUCCACUUCUACCGCUCGCUGGUGCGCCAUAAGACCGAGCGGCACAACCGCGAGAUCGAGGAGCUGCACAAGCUCAAGGUGCAGCUGGACGGGCACGAGCGCAGCCUGCAGGUGGUGUGAGCGCAUGCGCUCCCGGGCACGGCCGCCGCCGCGCCUGCGUCACUUGGCGUGGACCGGAACUCGCCUGCCUCCUGGACAGUUUCAGACACGCGGAUGGCCAACCAGCCCGGCGAGUCUCUGCCAGACGGUUCUAGACCAAAGUUCUACUUCUGUCUUAAUGCUGUUAAGACCUGGCUCGUUUUCCCUCAGAGGAUGGAACUCUUCAGUUAAAGGGGAGACUGAUGGCUAAGAGCUCAGGGUAGAGAAGGGCUGAGUCCUUGGCCUUGGGGACUUCCUGAGGCAAGGAGGCCGGGCUCUGGGUUGUAACGGGUGGUCACGGGUCUCCUCAGAGACAUGGACCGAGUGGCCAGCUCGGGGCGGGAGCCUGGCAGGGGCCUGGAGAGUCAAGGCAGCAUCCUGAGUUCAGGGAAGGGAAUUGCACCUUGACUCUGGAGCUGGGCUGGUGGCAGCCCGGGGGCAUGAGUGAUGCUACCACCCUGCUAUGAAUAGA